AUGGCAUCCCUUGACGUCGCUGACGCCCUCUCGCCGUCGGGUCCCUUUUGGACCAAGCCACUCCCAGAUGAUGUAUGCCGGGUGACAACUCAGCCACUGCAUGGGUUAGAGGAGUUUGUGAUUUCGGGGGUGGACCAGGAGCAUAAGUCUCUGCGACCAGUCCCCCAACCGUCACUAUUCACUGCAUGGGAAGCAGCAUCAGCAGCAGUUGACGAGUACUUUGGAUGGACCCCUGAGGAACUUGAGAUUGUCGGUGAUGAAGGACGGCUGGUGGAGGCCUUACUCUCUGGUCAUCUUUGCGU